UAAAAGCUUUUUGUGUGUUUACCAAAUUUCAUUGAGGAAUAACAUUUACUACUUACUGAAAAGUACUCAAUAAAGUGCAAAUAUCAUAAAAUGCAGAUAACCUAAAGAAACAUUUGUGAUUACUUUGAUGUUGUAUCUAGUAAUUCCACUGUAAUAAUAAGAUGAUCCAAACAGUCAACUUUAUAAGAUUUAAAUACUUAUUCAAUACAACAAUUUCUGUUUUGAUUUUUCACGUGCUGUGCUCUGCUGCUGUUGUCAAAUUAUCUCAUUCCACAAACAAAACUAUUUCUUUGUACUGCACAACACUAUAACUGACUCCUGUAUAAACAACUGGUUUUCUGACUGCCCUUUUGUUGACCUAUUUUUACCUGCCCAGAUGGCAGCACUGAGCACCUGGCAUGGUGACCUUGACCUAUUCCCACCUGUGAAAUGGAGGUGUAUGCAUCAUGAUGGUACACAUAGGCAGUGAUGGCAUGAUUAGGGCUGCACACCUGUUGUUACUAGCUGUCAGUGUGAUCUCAGUGGAAGACAACGACAUGGAAAAAGGGACAAACACACACAUAAAACCAGUUCCAAGACCAAAAGACUCUCCCAUACCUGGAAGGUUCUGGGAUGCACCAAGAAACUGUAACCCUCAUCCCUAUACCUUCACCAGGAAUACAGAUAUAUGUUCCAGGUACAGAGAUAUAGUUCUCCUCAUAGCAGUCAAGACACAUUUUCCACAUAUAGACACAAGAACUGUGAUCAGGAAAACCUGGGGUGCUAAGGGUUUAAACUCUAAUUUCAAUGUAGUGGUGGUCUUCUUUUUUGCCACACCUAAAAAUGUUCACACUCAAAGAGCCAUAGAGAGGGAGCAUCGUAAAUACAAGGACAUUGCGCAAGAAGAUUUUGUUGAAGACUUUCGCAAUCUCACCACUAAAGUGAUGGGGAUUUUCAAAUGGGCACAGACCUACUGCAGUAAUGCGCAGAAUGUCAUGGUCACUGAUGACCAAAUAGUGAUAGACAUGUACAAGCUGGUUCCGUAUGUUAUAGAGCAUUCUGGACCUGGCAUGCAGCAUUUCAAGCUCUGCUACCUCUAUCCCUGCUGUACUAGGGUGCACAGAUCACGGCAAACAAAGUAUGGUUUAACUAAGGAGGAAUACAAGAGCAAUGCAUUCCCAUCGUACUGUUCAGGGACUGCAUAUAUUGUCAGCCUGUCAACAGCCAAAGCCUUGUUUUCUAUGUCACUACAGACACCUUAUUUAUUCAUGGAUGAUGUCUAUGUUGGCAUAUUGGCAGCUAAGCUCAAUUUUACCUUUUUAGAUAGUUAUAAAGCUUUUGCUGGCAUUGGAAAUACCCCCUCUUUAAUGAAAAACUUUAUGGAUUCAAAGUAUUUGACUAGUCCCAUAAUGAUAGGAAUUACAGAUUUUGACUACAGAGGAAAGGAAAACUACAUAAUGAAGCAAGUGUGGUCUCACAUACAAACUAGUCAUAGUAAAGAAGAUGAAAUAGAGAAGAAUGUGGUUGUUAUAUAUGAAAAAGAUGAUGGUGGAAAAGACAUGGCUUCUUGGUCAGAGUUGAGCUUUCUAAACUUUCUUGAACUGGGUCUGAUAGCCUGUGUAUUAGUUAUUAUUUUUGCUGUCACACUGAACAGAAAAUCAAAGAAAUCAGCUAAUAAAUUAGUUUGAGCCAUUUUUUAUUUCUA